AAUACAGAACUAAUCACAGAACAGCUACUUAUUCCGCGUCAAUGCACAUUUCAUUCUCUUCGCAACGGCAACUCCGUUACUAUCAGUGCAUGAACAAUCGUUUACCAUGCUAGAACUCUGGUGGGCUUCGUUAGCGGUAAUGGCAACCUUAGCUCUCAACCAAUCCGCUUGUUUUGUAACUGUGCGUACACGUUUCAGCUGUCUGUCGGUCGAUGGUUUGGUUCAUGGUAACGCUUUAUUUUUCCAGACCUUACCCCUCGUUAGUCGGAUGGAAUGCAAGUUCGAUAAACGGUACGUCAACAUGUCAUGCUUCCUGGGCGAACCAAACUCCUACACGAACCAGACUGUUACCAUCGAGGUAGAAUCAAGACGAGAAUUGAAAGAAGUAAAGGUUAGUAACGCGGCUAGGUAUCGUAACGCGUAACGCCUUCCAUCCGAACAUUCGCUCCGACCACUGCUUCCAGCUAACUGCCGCGUACUACGUCGUUACCGGGAGUUCGAGCAACCGCAUCCUGAGGCGUAUAGUUGACUUGUGUAGCUACGUGAAGCGGCCCAACAAUGAUCGGCUCAUUAAGCUGUUUCUCGAUCAAGUGCUGGCCAACCAUCGGUUCGUUACCGGCUGUCCGAUUCCGGUAGGGACACAGGUGUAUGUGCGCGACCUGCGCCCGUCCGCCAUUCGCAUACCGGGCCUUCUGCCCGAGAGUGGUUUCAUUUUCGAAAAUUCCUACCAAACGGGCGUACUGUUCGAAACGUUCAUCGAGGUACGGUACUACGGUAAGUUGACCCGUUUCCUGAACGAGGCGCCAUUGGCGCUAAACAAGAAAAAAAUUAAAAAGCUUCCAGCAGCAUAACUGGGCGCUGGUAGCGUAGCGUUAGGGAGAAGCGUUAGAAGCGUUAGCUUAAUGCGUUAUUUUAUAAGUGAGCGUUACUUACGGUACGAAUAUAUGAUACCGAGGCUUUACUGUAACAUUCCGAUGGGCUGAUUGCGUUAUGAGGUAUACACCGAACAACCUGGACCUGGUCAGCUAAUAGUUUCCUCUUCAAAAACAAAAAUGUUAAUAGUCCAAACGAUGAUGAUCUUAAUUUCAAAUAAAUUGCUACUGAUCUGGCUGGUAAACAGAUGAUCUCGAUCUCUUGUCGGGGCCGUUCGCUUCAUGUAGCCGAAUCAAUUAACUGUAAUGAAAAGCAACAAUUUGUUUUCCAUCCUGUUGUUCGUUUUAGCAAAACGUUUUAAACGCGUUCGGCCCAUUUCACCCCUGUUAGUUCCCUUUACUAGUUGCGGUGAAAACAUGGCACAGAUUUCCAUCCUUGUGGCACUGUGUGCCUGCUGCGUUAUCAUUGUCCGAACCGAUGCGACGCUCUAUCCCAUCAUCAAGCGUUAUGAAAUUCGUGAAAAUAAGCAGUACGUGAAUGCAACCGUCGAAGAGGUAGGGGACUAUGAGUUCAACCGAACGUAUCUGCUGCGCAUGGAAGCUUUGCGUGAAAUACGAGACCUGAAGGGUGGCUUCUCUUACUCUAUACGGGCGUUUGACGGUGCGAUACAGAGUGCACUGCUGAGCCGUUCGUUCGAUCUGUGCGAGUUCAUCCGGCGUCCGAACAGCAACCGGUUGGUGAAAAUGUAUUACGAUCUUACCAAACGCAACAGCAAUGUGCCUAACUGCCCGUACCUGGCCGGAUACAUCGUCACGCUGAACAUUACCGCGACCAACUUUCCGAUUCCCGGGUUUAUACCGGAGACGGAUUACAUGAUCGAAACGAAAAUAUUCACGCGAGCAGGUACGAUGCUGAUCCUCGAAACACGAUGGUACGGUAGCUUGGUUAAGUAUGAAAAUGUGCAUAAAUUUUACUAACCGUUGGGUAAGAAUGCAAACCUUCCUAACUUUAUGGGUGUGGUCCACGGGUUAGUUUAGUAACCUUGCAUUUAAUCUAGAAAUAAAGAACAUGAUGUUUAUCAUUAAA